AUGGCCACUUCUGGAAAAGUUAUCAGAUGCAGAGCUGCUGUUGCCUGGGCCGUGGGCCAGCCACUCUCUGUUGAGGAGGUGGAGGUUGCACCUCCAAAGGCAGGUGAAGUCCGUAUCAACAUUGUGGCCACAAGCAUCUGUCGCACAGACAACCACGUUUUGGAAGGCUCCUUUCCGAAUGUGGAUUUCCCAGUUAUCCCAGGCCACGAAGGAGCUGGGAUUGUGGAAAGCGUUGGAGAAGGAGUGACCUCUGUGAAACCGGGAGAUAAAGUCAUCCCUCUUUGCAUUCCUCAAUGCGGGGAAUGCAGUUUCUGCCUGAAUCCCGAUUCCAACUACUGCCUGAAGACCCACUUAUCUGAACCACAAAACCUGGUGCCUGACAAGACCAGCCGGUUCACUUGCAAAGGGAAGCAGAUCCACCACUUCCUGUGGGUCAGCACCUUUGCAGAAUACACUGUGAUCCCAGAGUACGCCGUUGCCAAGAUAGAUCCUGCAGCACCUCUGGACAAAGUCUGCCUGCUUGGCUGUGCGUUUUCCACAGGCUACGGGGCUGCCGUCAACACUGCCAAGGUAAAACCAGGCUCCACCUGCGCUGUCUUUGGCGUCGGAGGAGUUGGCCUCUCUGUUGUCAUGGGCUGCAGGACGGCUGGAGCUUCCCGCAUCAUUGCCAUUGAUAUCAACAAGGACAAGUUGGCCAAGGCCAAGGAGCUGGGAGCCACCGACUGCAUAAGUCCUCACAACUUCAAGAAGCCCAUCCAGGAGGUGCUCAUUGAGAUGACCGGCCACGGUGUGGACUACUCCUUUGAGGUCAUCGGGCAUGCGGAUACCAUGGUCGCUGCCCUGGCCUCCUGCAAUGUGAACACUGGCAUCUGUGUCAUGGUUGGGGAACUGGAUUCUGGGUCAGUGAUUUCCCUCAACCCUAUGCUUCUGCUGUCUGGUCGUACAUGGAAAGGGAGUCUGCUCGGAGGUUGGAAGACGAGAGACGGUAUCCCCAAACUAGUUUCCAGCUAUUUGGAGAAGAAAUUCAACUCAGACUUGCUGAUCACACACACACUGCCGAUCGCUAAAGUGAACGAGGGAUUUGAGUUGUUACGUGCAGGAAAAAGCAUUCGCAGCGUCCUGCUCUUCUGA